AUGGCGUUUCCAAGGAUUCCCUGGAAUUUCCCCGCUGUCUGCUGGCUCCUCCUGGCCGUGGCCAUUGCCGCUUCCCUGGGUUUGGAAUGCCGGGAACACCAGUACCCGCUCCAUGGCAAAUGCUGCAGCGACUGCGCCCCCGGUGAGUGCCCGGCCUUGGGGGGAAAAGCCAGAUUUUUCUUACUGGAAUAUCUAUUUUUUAAUGGAAUGUCAAUUUUUUUUCUUAGGAAGGGCAGCGUGGAGGUGAAGCCGUGUGAGAAAACCUCGGACAGGGUCUGUGUGUGCCAGGCAGGAUUCAGACCAGCUGGGAUUCCCCUGGGAAAUGAGUGCUCCCGAUGUCCUGAAGGGACUUUCUCCACAGGAAGGAACGAGAACUGCCAGCCUUGGACCAACUGCAGCUCUUUUGGGAAGAUCACUCUCCGAGCUGGCACGGCCACAGAGGAUGCCCUGUGCAGCAGCCCUGAGCCCAGGAGCUGCAGGGUCCCCGUUCAGGAGGAGCACAUCGAUGGCAGCUGCAGCCUCCUGAAAAGCUGA